GAGAUUCCGCAGAGAGAAAAAAGGCAGAAACAGGAACGAGGUGAAACUGAACCCGCGGUAUCUUGAAAGAAAAUGAGUCUCAUUGGAAAAGUAAAUCGGAGCCAGCAGAAGUCUGAUGAGAACACAAAGAGCUUUUUCACACCAUCUCAAAAGACAAUGGGACCCCCAAGGCAAACCCUGCAGGUCCUCCAACAGUCGGCUGUCAACAAAGGUUUGGGGAGGUCAGCUCAGGCAGAAAAGAUCCAUCACAAGCGGAAAAAUUGGGCAGCAGAACAAACAAGAGGUCCAAAGAGAGUGAAGGUAGAAGUCAAAUCCACUCAAACGGAAGUCGCUGACUGUUUACCAGAUGGUGUGUCCCAUGAAGCAUAUGAACUUAUGGUCAAAGAAACACCUCCUCCUGCUUACUGGAAAGAGCUCGCCGAGGAGCGACGGAAGGCCUUGUACAAUGUUCUACAGGAGAACGAGAAGUUACACAAAGACAUUGAGGCCAAAGAUGAACAGAUAUCAAAGCUUCAGAGUGAAAACGAAGAGCUGGAGGAGCUGGCACAGCACGUGCAGUACAUGGCUGAUAUGAUCGAGAGGCUGACUGGGAAGGGUCCAGACAAUCUGGAGGAGCUGCAGGAGCUUGCCCUUGACAUGGGAGGGAAUGAGGAUGAUGAACAUGAAGACGACGACGGUGAAGAGGCAGAUCAGAGACUCGAAGAGGAGGCCGAUUACAGUCAGAGUGAUGCAGAGGAUGAACACACAUCAGACCAGGAACAAGCCGGACCCUCAGGAGAGCAGGACUAACUCACAGCUCUACGUGUCACGGGACUUCAUAUUUUAACCUGAGCAAGCUUUAACUGCUGUUUGUCGUCCAUUUUUAAGUAUUUCAAAGGAUUUUUUGAUGUCGUCGUCACCUGCAGUUCUGUGUUUUUGCAUGUUUAAGCGACGGCUUGGUUUUAUCCUUUAACAGUGACUUUUAGUGUUUGCUAUAUUUAUGAGGUCUAGUUGAGGUAAGAAGGUAUUUAAAACCUCAGGGCCUGUGUGGGCAUCAUUAAUGGAGGACAUUUUAACAUGUCCCAGUAGGAAACCGUUGGAACUAAAUUUACUUUAAAUGGAUGCUGACAGACAAAACCACAGUUGAUCUCCUCACUGUGACAAGUUAAAGUGUUUGAGGUGAUUGUGUUCUACAGGAAGUAGUUCAUGUUCCAGGUGUAGCAGAGAGCCUUAGUGCUUUGGUUUACACUGUAAAAUUACAUUUGUGGCACCGCUUUGUAAAGUUUAUGUAAAAUAAACCUUUUUUUUUAUAAAAGAAAA